GGGUGUUGUGCCGACACUAGUUAUCGCGACGUGAGAUGCGUGAUUAUUCGCCGCUGUUCACGCACCAAAUAUUAAUUCGUAACUUUUUAAUUUAUAAAGUGAAGUUAAAUUAAAUAGCCUUACGGACUUCAACCAAAAUGGGAUUCAAGAAAAAACAUCAAUCACAGCCCGAAAAUACCGAAGAAACAGAACCUAAAAUAUCUUUCAUACAAAUAUUUCGAUAUGGGACAGCCCUGGAGAUCACAGCAACAGUUGUGGGCGUCCUGGUGAGCAUGGCCAGCGGGCUGGGUAUGGCCUACAACCUCUUGCAAAUUGGAGAACUGAGCACGGCCUUUGUGGAACGGACUAGCUUCCAGGACCAGCUUAGUUCUGAAAUGCCUCUAUUAUCUUUGUUCGGAGGAGGAAGAAGACUCAAUAACGCGAGUCAUGAGGAGAACAUGAAGGCUCUGGUGGAGGACGCCACGGCGCUGGUGAUCGGCGUGUUCAUCACCGUGGGCUUGUCGAUGGCGUGCUGCGCCGUCUCCGUCGCGCUCAUCGGCUGGAGCGCACUCAGGCAGAUCACAACAAUACGAAUGCGGUUUCUAAAGGCAGUGCUUCGUCAGGAUAUGUCCUGGUUCGAUACUGAUAACGAGUUCAACUUGGCGUCCAAGAUGUCAGAGAACCUAAUGAAGAUUAAAGAGGGAAUGAGCGAGAAGCUGGCCGUAGUGGGCAACCUGCUGGGCACGUCGAUCAUCUCUAUCGCGUCGGCCGUCCCACUGGGCUGGGAGCUGGCGCUCGCUUGCAUCACCGUCAUGCCCUUCUCCGUCGCCGCCUCCGUCUAUCUCUCCAACUACCAAACAAAAUCGUCAGCACGUGAGAUGGAGUCUUACAGUCAAGCUGGAAAACACGCUGAGGAGAUACUAAAGUCAGUGAAGACUGUGACAGCCUUUGGCGGAGAGGAAAAAGAAGUUAAAAUGUACAGGUCUUUACUGGACCCAGCUGAGAAGUACGGACGCAGGCGAGGCUUGUACACAGGCAUCGGUAAUGGCUUCAACUGGGUCCUCACCUACUGCCUCAACGCGAUUGGUCUCGUGUACGGGAUCCGACUGGUGCUGGACGAUCGCGAGAAACCAGAAGAAGAACGGAGAUACGUUGUCGGGGUUGUUUUCAGUGUACUGUUCAGCAUAUACAUGGCCACUCAAUCGAUCACGCUAUGUGUGCCCCACGUGGAGGCGUUCGCGGCAGCCAGAGGCGCUGCAGCUAGCAUUUUCUACCUGAUGGAGCGAGAGCCCAAGAUAGAUAGCCUGAGCAAGCAAGGAAUCAAACCGCGCAAAGUUGUGGGAAACAUAUCUCUGGAAAACGUAGACUUCAGCUACCCUUCGAGACCGAACGUACAGGUACUGAAAGGGUUUUCUCUUAACAUAAAAGCCGGGGAAUGUGUGGCUUUGGUGGGAUCAUCCGGCUGCGGGAAGUCGACGAUAUUACAACUAUUACAACGCCUAUAUGAUCCUCACUCCGGCUCCGUGAAGCUGGACGGCAGAGAGAUAAGAAAUCUUAACCUAGGAUGGCUGCGAUCAUCGUUAGGUGUUGUAGGUCAGGAACCAGUGUUGUUUCGUGGAACAAUUUUUGAAAACAUUGCCAUCGCUUGCCCGGAGGCAACAUUGCCAGAAGUUCAGAGAGUUGCAACUAUGGCUUACGCGCAUGAUUUCAUCACGAAAUUGCCUAAGGGCUACGACACAGUGAUAGGCGAGCGCGGCGCGUCGCUGUCGGGCGGACAGAAGCAGCGCAUCGCGAUCGCGCGCUCGCUGCUGCGCGAGCCGGCCGUGCUGCUGCUAGACGAGGCCACCUCCGCGCUCGACCCGCACUCCGAGCGCCAGGUGCAGGCCGCGCUCGACCGCGCCAGCCUCGGCAGGACUACCAUCAUGGUCUCACACAGAAUGUCCACAAUAUUAAAUGCAAAUCGUAUAAUUUGCAUGGAUCAAGGUGCUAUUGUAGAACAAGGAACUCACGAAGAACUAAUGAAAGCUAAAGGUUUUUACUAUAAGCUGGUCACAACAAAUAAACAAAAAGGUGAACCCGAAUCACCUGAACAUUUACCGGAAUUACCAGAAAAUGAGCCAGAAGGCGUUAUAAACAACCCUGUGGCACGCUCCGAUACUAAGAAGCGGGAAGCCCAAAGAAGACGACUAAGUAAACAAAACUCUGUUAUAGAAUCUCACGAAUGGAUGCAAACGCCACGAGGGUCAAUAACAUCGGCCUUGUCAAUAGGAUACCAGGGCUUCUUGUUUAGUUCGGAUAAAGAUAAACAAGAAGAUGAUGUCGAGGAAGCCGUACCAAUGAGUGGAUGGAAAAUAUUGAAAUUAAACUCACCGGAGUGGGUUUACAUUACUAUUGGUUCCAUCGCAGCGUUUCUCCAAGGUGCUUGCUUUCCAGCUUUCGCACUACUCUUUGGAUUCACCAGUGGCAUAUUCGCACUAACUAAUCGUGAAGAAUUAAUACAUCUGGGCGACUUAUAUGCGGGUCUGUUCGUAUUGGUGGCUGCAAUUGCGGGCGUGUCCAUGUGUCUUCAGAGCAGCACCUUUACCACGGCUGGUUUGAAAAUGACUACCAGGCUUCGAGAGGCGUAUUUCAAAGCUUUGCUUAGACAGGAAAUAGGAUAUUACGAUAAAGAAAGUAACACAGUCGGAGCUAUUUGUGCGAGAUUGAGUGGAGACGCAGCAGAAGUUCAAGGCGCGACCGGCAUGAGAAUUGGUCUCAUUCUUCAGGGAGUCAGUUCCGUAGCUAUCGGAGUUAUAAUGGGAUUAGCUUUUAACGUUAAACUCACACUUGUCGCCACUGCGUUUCUACCAAUUAUGAUCGGCAGCAUUUACCUGGAAGGUAAAAUGUCACAAAAAUCUCAAUCUGAUGAGCGAGACGCUAUGGAGUCAGCUACUGGAGUCGCGACAGAAGCCAUCGUAAGCAUCAAAACUGUACAGAGCUUAGGUAUAGAGACAGUUUUCCUAGAAAAGUUUCGCGAUUCAUUGACACUCGCCUGUGAUGCUGUGGCGAAGAAGUCGCGAUGGCGUGGCCUGGUGCUGGGCUUGGGUUUAUACGUGCCCAUGAUAGCCUUCUGUAGCGCCAUAGUGUAUGGGACCAUACUGAUAUCUACUGGAGAGAUGGAAUACAAAAUUGUUCUUUUAGUAACUGAAUGUGUCAUGUUUGGAGCUUACAUGCUUGGUCAUACGCUGGUAUACGCAACGAGUUUCAACGCAGCGAAAACCUCAGCAUCAAGGAUAUUGGGACUGAUCAACAGAGAACCACUGGUUAAAACACAUGACGGGGUUUCCGAUAAAAGUGAUUGGAUUGCCACCGGCAACUUUACCCUCAAGGACAUAGAAUUCAGCUAUCCAACACGAAAACACCAGAAGGUACUAAAAGGAGUAGACCUGCACGUGGAUGCCGGCAAGACUGUGGCUCUAGUGGGUCCGUCUGGCUGCGGCAAGUCCACCGUGCUGCAACUACUCCAGAGAUUCUAUGACCCUGACUCAGGAACAAUUAAGUUAGACGGUCUGGACAACCGCAGCGGCAUGACGCUGCCGCGACUGCGACGCCAGCUGGGCGUGGUGCAACAGGAGCCCGUGCUGUUCGAUCGCACGCUCGCUGAGAACAUCGCCUACGGAGACAACUCCCGAAGCGUCUCCAUGCACGAGAUCAUUGAAGCUGCCAAAGCGGCAAACAUACACACCUUUAUCUCCUCCCUGCCUCAGGGCUACGAGACGAACCUGGGGUCUGGCGGCGCGCAGCUGUCGGGCGGGCAGAAGCAGCGCGUGUGCAUCGCGCGCGCACUCAUCAGGUCGCCGCGCCUGCUGCUGCUCGACGAGGCCACCUCCGCGCUCGACGCCAACAGCGAGCGGGCGGUCUCGGAAGCGCUAGAGAAGGCAGCGAAGGGCCGCACGUGCAUCACAAUCGCACAUCGACUUUCCACCAUCAAAGACGCGGACCUCAUCUGUGUGCUGGACAAAGGUAAAAUAGUGGAACGGGGAACUCAUGCUGAACUAUUACAGCUAAAAGGCAACUACUGGAGGAUGUGUAAAGGACAGGAGAGCCCGUGAAUACGAUAAGAGAAAUGUAGGUUUUACAACGGUGUUUGACAGUUUGGAUAAUUCAUAUUCUCUUCGAUCUUUCUGAUACGUUACGAAAAUUCACUUCGGCUACGAUAUUCCCAUCACCCUCGUGGUACCUCAAGAUCCACACGUUUGAAUUGUGGAUGAUCUUGGUAACUUGAUUUAUGUGUAUGUAUAUGUAUUUACUUUAUAUAUACACUCGCCCAUAGCCCAUAAAUAACAGCAACUAGAUAUGAUAUACCUAAAUGUCUGAAAGACUCACGAAUCACACAGACGGUUCACAUGGCCCGUUUUUCAUCUCCAUUGGUAACAACUUAAUAUAAUGUUAUCGAAAUUCCUGAGUUAUUUGGGAAUGUAUUUUAUUUAUGUGUGAAUAAGGCGUGUUCCAGGCGUUUGUAAUUGAUUACAUUGUUUCCUGUCAGAGGUGACCUUGGUGGGAACUUUAGAUUCCAUUCGCGGAUUUUGUUCCAACCUUGGAUCUUAGUGUAGUAUGAUGGUUACGCGCAAGAGAUCUACAAAUUCAUAUAUCAGCAAUAUAAGAGUUUGUGUAGAUAGUCUACUUGUUAUUUAUUUUGAUUGACUGUUAGAAAUAAAAUAAAAAAUAAAUAUUUGUAUUACA